UCAAUAGUGCAAAUGGUUUGAUAGGGCGGCCGACCUGUCAAAAUAAGUAGAGCAUCAACCUCAUAACGCAUCGAAAAUUGCAAUUCAGGAGCCUUAGAUGGAUCAUCUUUGAUUGAACAUUAUAGUCGCGAGAAAAAAAAAAAUAAAAUUUAAGCGUAUAUAUGGUAACAAAUUAUCUUGACUAUCCAAUUAAAUUAAAAAUAGGUGUUUAUAGAUCCACAAGAUCCGCAUACUAUUUUGAGCUUCGAAUUUGAUUCUUAUCGUUCAAAAAUGAUGUUAGAUCCAUCACAGAUAUUUCUGUUUCUGAAAGUGCUUUCCGGGCAUGGAUUUGAUACGAAGCUUUGAUCAAAGUAGGAAUCAUACUUUAUCGCGGUGAAAUCUUAGCGAGAGGAUUUGUUCACCGGCUUUCCCCUGAUCUCGGAUUCACACUCUCUCUCACCUUUCUCUCUCUACGAGAUCGACUUUUCACUUCCUCUCAUCAUUCCUCUACUUGAUUGCUUAAUUCAACCAUUUUCUAUCUUCUCUCUCUGCGAUCCCGACAAUUUUUGCUCUCUCUGUGCCAUUCCUGAGAUGAGUUGCUGUGGCUGUUAAUGGGGAGGAGAGCUCAUUUGACUGAACUCGGCUGCAUAGUCUGCGAGGAACUUGAACAACUAGGGGCCGGUAAAGAAGGAUGGCUCGAUAGCCCUAACCUCUACCAUGCUCUUGAUUCGAAUUCGCUUGCCCUUGCUAACGAAAACCUGGUUUUGGUGCUUGGUUGGAUUGAUGAUUCAAGGCCCAUAACAAUUCGGCCUUCUUUCUUGUCACAUGAAGGCAAGAUAAGCGCGAUUGAGUGGUUGAUCUUUGAUGAUCAUCGCGUAUUAGCCCUAGCAACAUCUCAGGGGUACCUGCUACUUUAUUCGUUGGCCUCUGAAUUGAUUCACAAACAGAUGUUAUACCCCGAGCGGAUUAUUAAACUAAGAAGUACACAUAGGCAAGGUUUUCAUCAAGAUCACUCUUCAGCUGAAGUUUGUGUCGUUUUUCCUAGUGUGAUUGUGCGUUUUAAUGCUUCAGAUAUUGAGAGCUUGGUGCAUAGAUGGUUCCAGGAAAGAAGUUCUCGAUUGUGGGGAGAUAAAAUGCAAAAGAGAGAAGCUGAGGAUAUCGGAAACUCUUAUGGGAGACUCCCUCAUCAGCUUUGGAACGUUAACAAGUUUGGACCUUGUGUUGAUGCAGCAGUAAUUGGUAUAAUGCCUCCUCCGCUGAUGGAAUAUGAGUCAAGCCAGCGUUAUUAUUGUGCAGUCAUUAUUGGGCAUGAUGCUGUAAUUUCAGCAUUCAGGCUUUCAGAAGACCGGAAGAGGUCUUUGGUAGGAACAAUUCUGUCAAAGGUUGUGCCAGCUACAUUUUCAACACUCACAUCCUUGUCCAAAAUGAUUUGGCGUAGUGAUGAAGCCUCAACAAGACCAGUUGAGGUGAAGCCUCAAGCAUUUGCUAAAGCAUCGCUUUUGACAUGUCUGAAAGAUCACCCAAGGAAGGGAGAGAAACUUACACUAUCUCCUGGUGGUUCACUUGCUGUUAUAACAGACUCCCUUGGACGUAUUCUAUUGCUAGACACACAAGCCCUUGUCGUAAUACGGCUGUGGAAGGGAUAUCGUGAUGCAUGCUGUUUUUUCAUGGAAAUGCUUGUUGGCAAAGACAUGCCUUCAAAUUCAGUUGAAUAUGGAAAUUCAAAGAGUGACUAUUGCCUUUGCUUAGCUAUUCAUGCUCCUAGAAGAGAAGUAGUGGAGGUGCAUACAAAGAUAAGAAAUAGGCUUGAGCAAAAGAAGUUCAAUGACUUGAUUUUUGUUAGAGAGAAUCAAAGGCUCAAGGAGAAGAAAAACCAGCCAAAGAAGGAUCCCAUCUCUUUGAAAGACAUGGACAAUGCUUCAGAUUGGCUAGUUGGUGAUCCUGGUACUGAGGAGGUCUUGCUUGGGGAGGGUUUGACAUGGGAAAUGGUCGAGGAGGCUUCGGGGCAAGCUUCUGAUCCUAGGAGGGCCACUUGAGCAACGACUUCUAUUGGUACUUCACAUUCACAGAGGGAGAUAGGGGAAGAGGAGGCAGAUUCAGAAGAAUCUUUGGAAGAAGAGGAAUAUGUUGAAGAGGGUGAUGAUUCUGAUGAUGACGGCCUCGAUUUUGAUGCAGAUGCAAGCAAUGAAGAUGAUGAUUCUGAUUCAUAUUGAUGUCUUCUCUCUUCUUUUGUAAUAACUUUAUUGCAGCAUCUUGGUUUGGGCUUUCGACAUUUGGACUAUUUUUUUAUGUGGUUUAUAUUUUUUGCCUUUUUGGACUAUUUUGUUGUGUGGAUUUUUAUAGUUU